UUAAAAACCCAUGUUGGAUUAGCCUUUUGCAGAAGCCAUGGCGAUGAAGAUGGGGGAGCUCUGGACUCAAGUCGGCUCUUUAAUGGCCACCCUCAUGUUUGUUUGGGCAAUUAUUCAGCAAUAUUUCCCUUACCAAUUCCGUGGCCAUGUCCAGAGAUAUGCCCACAAACUCACCGGUUUUCUUUACCCUUACAUCACUAUCACCUUCCCUGAGUACACCGGCGAGCGUCUCCGCCGUAGUGAAGCCUUUUCCGCCAUCCAGAACUACCUCGCUUCCCGAAGCUCCAUCCGGGCCAACCGUAUGAGAGCAGAGGCGGUCAAAGAUAGCAAAUCUCUGAUACUCAGUAUGGAUGAUAAUGAAGAAGUUAUUGACGAAUUUGAAGGCGUCCAAAUCUGGUGGACUUCCAGCAAAACUACGUCCAAGAAUCCCUCUGUUUCUUAUUACCCUUCAAACGAUGAGAGACGAUUCUACAAGCUCACUUUCCACCGCCGCCACAGAGACGCCAUUCUUGGGUCUUUUAUUAACCACAUCAUGGAACAGGGCAAGGCGGUGGAGCAGAUGAAUCGGCAGCGGAAGCUUUAUAUGAACAACGCCAAGAACGAUUGGGGGCAUAAAAGCAAUUGGAGGCAUGUUCCUUUUGAGCAUCCUGCUAAUUUUAAGACUCUGGCUAUGGAUCCCAAGAAGAAGCAAGAGAUUAUCAACGAUUUAAUCAAGUUUAAGAAUGGAAAAGAGUAUUAUGAGAAGGUGGGUAAGGCUUGGAAACGUGGGUAUCUUCUGUAUGGUCCGCCGGGGACUGGGAAGUCCACCAUGAUCGCCGCCAUGGCCAAUUUCAUGGAGUAUGAUGUGUAUGAUCUGGAGCUGACAUCUGUUAAGGAUAAUAGUGAGCUGAAAAAGCUAUUGAUUGAGAUAUCGAAUAAAGCAAUGAUUGUGAUUGAGGACAUUGAUUGCUCUCUUGAUCUUACCGGCCAACGGAAGAAGAAGAAGAAAACAGAGGAUGAGGAAGAAACAGAGGAGAAGAAAGACCCUGUUAAGAAGGCGGAAAAAGAAGAGGAAAAACAAAGCAAGGUGACACUUUCUGGGUUGUUGAAUUUCAUCGACGGGAUUUGGUCGGCGUGCGGCGGGGAACGGCUGAUAAUCUUCACGACCAAUCACAAGGAGAAGCUUGAUGAAGCUUUGAUUAGAAGGGGAAGAAUGGACAAACACAUAGAGAUG